AGUCUGCAGCUUCAGAUGGGCAGAAAUGUCUUUUCUGUGCUCUUUGUCUGUGAACAGGAACAAUAACUGAACCGACAGAACGGACCGUGGUGAUAAUAAAGAGCAGAGACCGCUGUUUAAGUGAGCAAUGGAAGAAUAUAACUCUGGAGAUGAGGUGGUCUUCAGUGCUGAUGAGGCCAGUGCCUCAGUUAAAGAGUGUAUUGAAGGUGUUAUUGGUGGAACAGAUUACAGCCAGAGUAAAGUGAAUCAGUGGACGGCCAGCAUAGUGGAGCAUUGUCUGACUCACCUGGUGAAACAAGGACGGCCAUUCAAAUACAUAGUAAACUGUACGAUCAUGCAGAAGAGCGGCGCUGGUCUCCACACAGCCAACUCCUGCUACUGGGACACUGCCACUGAUGGAAGCUGCACAGUGAGGUGGGAGAAUCGCACCAUGUACUGCGUGGUCAGUGUGUUUGCUGUUGCUGUGGCGCUGUGACAGCAGCAGCACAGAGCUGCACUCCGCUCUCUCUCCGCAAACACCCAUCAUGUGUGAAGCUGUGCUUGGAACGGCACCGAGACCAAGAAGAUCCUCUGACGAUACCCUCUGGUAGAAGUUCACGUAUAAGUAGCGUAUUUCUCCCCACAGGCUUGAAGAACGUAAGCUCAAGAUAUGAGUUCUGGUUUGUGAGUCGACGGCCUGCGUUGGUGAGCGGGUAUGACCAAGAGAAAAUGUUGCUUUGUGGGGACUAAAGUAAGAAAGACAUUUCAAACACCUGUUGAGAAGUGAAAACUUAAUAUUUUCUCUCGAUAUGUUCUCCCAAAUGUUGUAAUCUGCACAUGACGUGGAACUUAGUUUUAGCCGUGCUAGCAGCUGGCGUUAGCAGUGUCAGUCUACCGACUAUUGCCGUGACAUUUGAUAUGCACAUUCAAGCCCGCCCCAGGAUAGACUGUAAUAACUUCUGUGAUCUUCUGACUUUUCAUCUAGGAAAAAAUUAUUCUCAGGAUUAAAAUUCUAGUUUUUCCCCGAUACUUUUAUGGUCAUAUAGCUGCAGAACUCACAUUUUCAUCAGCCCCAGCUGUACUUUGUGUUUAAUGAAAUCAAAUGUUAGCAUGCUAAGAUGCUAAAAGUUGGUGAGUGUGAUUAACGUUUUACCAGAAUGUUAGCAUGUUGAUGUUUAGCAUUUCGCUCAAAGCAUUGCACUGCACAGUACAGCCACACAGAGCUGCUAGCACGGAUGUAGACUCUUGUUUUCUUUGUCUCUUUCAGCACAUUACAAAAUAAAGCAGUUUGGUAUUUGAUAAAUGUUUUUCAGUAGGUACCUGACUACUUGUAUAAAAUGUCUUUAUAUAAUGUUUAUAAAAUGUCUUAUAUCAUUAAAAUAUUAAAGUAGACAAGGGUCUACUUUAAUAUUUUAAUGAUAUACAUUAGUCUGUAUCUGACUGUGUGGAUUUGAGUGUUUCAGUAGUCAUUCCCAACAAACGCUGCACUUUUUCUGUCAAUUCUUCUGCAAAACCGUGUUGACUCUGUAGGUUGUUUUGUAAAUUUGUUUGUUGGACCAUCUUCAGUGCUGUCAUUAAAUCUAUUUAACAACC